AUGAUGAGCAACUUCUUCAAAAAACUUCUUCGUGCUAGUUAUUUUAUGUCAAAUCAACAAUGGGAUAUAUCUGAAGCAAGUUUUUUUAAUUUAUCAGAUGCUGAAGCAAGAAGUAUUGAUCCAUGUUAUCGUUUGCUUAUGUUAAAAUUUGUUCAUGUACUUGAUAAUGCUGUAUAUAGUGUUGAAAAAAUCAAUGGCACAGAAACAUUAGCACAUAUUGGACAAUUUUCAACAGAUCAUGCAAUGACAAUAACUCGUAUGAGACCUGAACAUGGAUCAAAAUUUCAUAGACCAAAUACAUUAUUAUAUAAUACAUCAGCACGUUUAUUAUAUUAUUUUAAUUUACAAGCUUCACAUAUGGCUGUAUGGUGUCGAUCAUUUAGUGCCGAUGCUAAUGGUUAUGCUAAAGGUGAUGGUCUUGGUCUUUUAUUAUUAAAACGAUUAAGUGAUGCUGAACGUGAUGGAGAUCGUAUACAUUAUGUUAUUCGUGAUGUACUUAGUGGUCACGAUGGAAAUCAAGAUAAAAUAAAUUUUGUUGUAUCGUCAGCUGCUGAACAAGGACGGUUAUUAGAAAAUAUUUAUUCAAGAAAUAAUUCUGAUACUCGAACAAUCUCAUUUGUUGAAGCGCAUGGUACAGGUACACCAGUUGGUGAUCCAAGUGAAGCUAAUUGUUUAUGUCGAUUUUUUAAUCGAUCAAAUCUUGAUCCACUAUUAUUAUUAGGUUCAAUUAAAAGUAAUUUAGGACAUACAGAAGGUGCAGCUGGUAUUGCAUCACUUAUUAAAGUUGCGAUGUGUAUGUAUCAUCGUGGUAUUACAGCAAAUAUGCAAUUUACUUUGCCUAAUUCAAAAGUAGACGCACAAAAAUAUAGUUUACAUAUUCUUCAAAACUUUCUACCUUUUCCAACACUUUCAGAUAAUGAAAAAAUAGCUAUUGGUGUUAAUUCAUUUGGUAUGGAUCGUACAACAACAUCUGCUAUUAUUGAAGAAUAUUAA